AACUUUGGAUUCGUCGUUUCGACGCCAUUUUGAAGGGGGCGAUUGAUGUCAACAACACAGCGGAUCCCGUGGAUGGACUUUAAAAUGUGAUUUCUUUCCACUAACAAAAGUCUGGGAUUUCUCAGGAUAUGUCCAUGCAAAUUAAAGUAACUGAGGCUACAGCAAGCAUGGAAAGUCCUUAAUCACAACAUUUCCAAGUUCUAGUGGACGCUAAUUGCACCGAACCGUCCCCAGCAACUAUGGUGGAGAAACAUGCUGACAGCACGGACGGCCAGACCACCAUCCCAGGAGCAGUGCCGGCUUCCUCUCAAACACCCCCGCCCAACCGUUACAACAAAGGCAUUGAGGACUAUGACGAGCUGUUGGAGGACGAGCCCCGCUAUCUGGAUGAGGAACCUGAUAACGAUGAGGAUAUAGAAGAAGAUGGGGAUGAAGAAGACGAGGAGGCAGAGGGUGAGGAUGGAGACAGUGGGGCCGAAGAUGUGCCAGAGGAGAAGGUAGAAGAGAAAGAAGUCAAGGAGAGGGUCCAGUCAUCUACUGGGAGGAAGAAGAAAAAGAAGAAGAAAAAGUUUAUUGGUAUCAAUUUGAGUGGUUGCAAAUAUGAUUCAGUGAAGCGCAUGUCCAAGAAGUUUGGCAUGAAGGAAGUGACAGACGAUGAAGACUGGACCCUGUUAUGGACCGACUGCUCGGUGUCUCUGGAGAGGGUCAUGGAGAUGAAGAGAUUUCAGAAAGUGAACCACUUUCCCGGCAUGGGUGAGAUUUGUCGGAAGGAUUUGCUGGGUCGCAACCUGACCAGAAUGCUCAAGUUGUUCCCCAAGGAGUAUGCCAUCUUUCCUCGCACCUGGGUGCUUCCCGCAGAUUAUGGUGACUUCCAAGCCUUCUGUCGCACCAAGAAGAACAAGACGUACAUCACCAAGCCGGAGAGUGGAUGCCAGGGCAAGGGGAUUGCCAUCACUAGGAACCCCAAAGACAUCAAGCCAGGGGAGCAUAUGGUCUGUCAACAGUAUCUAGCAAAGCCAUUCUUGAUUGAUGGCUUUAAGGUAGAUCUCCGUGUCUACGUGGUAGUAACAUCAUGCGAUCCACUCAGGGUGUAUGUUUACAAGGAUGGACUGGCUAGGUUUGCUACCGUCAAAUACACAGAGCCAACUAACAACAAUUUGGAUGAUGUCUAUAUGCAUUUAACAAAUUACGCCAUCAACAAACACAGUUCUGACUUCAUCAGAGAUGAGGAGAAAGGCAGUAAAAGACGUUUGAGCACCUUGCGGAGGUGGUUUGAUGAGAACGGCUACGAUUCGGAAGCCAUCUGGGAGGAGAUGUACGACGUGAUCAUCAAGACGCUCAUCUCGGCCCACCCGAUCCUCAAGCACAACUACCGCUCCUGCUUCUCCAACAUCACCAACCAGAAAGGCAGCAGCUGCUUUGAGGUGCUGGGCUUUGACGUCAUGCUGGACAAGAAACUCAAGGCUUGGAUACUGGAGGUCAACCUGUCUCCCAGUUUCCACACUGACCACAAACUGGACAAGGAAGUGAAGGAGGGACUUCUCUUUGACACCAUGAACAUCAUCAACCUGACGCCGUUUGAUCGCAAGAAAUGUCUUGAGGAGGAGCGGAGGAGAGUCAAGGACCGACUGAUGCAAAGGGGCAAGAAAGAACCAAAGAAAGAGGAGUCCCUGGAGUCCCUGGCAACCAUUCAGGACGCUCUGAUCAAAUAUGAAGACGAGCACCUCGGCGGCUUCACUAGGAUCUACCCGAAGGAAGGGAGUGAAAAAUACGACAAAUACUUCCAGCAUAGCGGCUCACUGUUCCAGGAAACGGCUGCCUCCAAAGCCAGGGGAGAAUGUGCUAGACAACAAAGGGAAGAGCUGCGACUCAAACAGGAGAAACUUGAAAUGAUGCUGAAGAAGAAACCAUCAGAGAGAAGAGACCCUGAAGGGAUGAGACCAGAAAGCCCCGGCCGGGAGAAGAUCAAACGGCGAAGCAGAGUCAACAUACCCAGGGUAGCCUAUGGGAAACGACUCAACCAGUCCAACUCACAAACAGAGGUCAAGCAAGACCAAGAGUUUAUCAACACCAAAGAGCCGGCAGACAUCCUUGAGGAGGAGGAACUGGAGCGAGUCAGCUCGCUGCUCCAGCGGGAUAACCUGGUCCGGGGGUUGGGAGUCGUCGAACACGUCUACAGGUUACUGCACUGCACACCGGGCACGGUUGGGGUCAUGAAGAAUGCUGAGAGACAAGCUAAUGCACUCGUAGACCACAGUAAACCCUCUCACGUCUGCACCCGCCGUCUUUGCACUAGUAGAGUAGCCCAUCAGAUGAAUGCUUUCCUUCACCUUGAAACCCCUCCCGCCCUCCGAUCCCAGGCCACCAACCCUAAACACCUCCCUACCCUUCCCAACGCCGAGUCCAGAAAGCUGGGCCGGCCCAGCGCCCAGUGGUCCGAGGUGUAUACCUACAGCAUCAACUUGGAUAGCAAUGAGGCUCAGAUCAAUGACGUAUUUGUCAAGGAUCCCUCAGCCAUAGCCGCUCAGGCUAGCCGGUCUCAAAACAACUCGGCCGGUUCCUCCCAAAUCGUUGUCCAGGACUCGCCGGGCAAUCGAGCCAGGUCCAAGUAUAAGGUCAUAUGCUGGCCGGCCGGCUGCCAGGAACCACUGACUGUGCACAGUAUAGGCAGGAGCAGACGCUUCCUGCACGUUAGGCAGAAUAAGAAGACUAGGGAGAUUGUAGCCCACCCCCCUCAGGGGUUGAUGCCCCGCCCACCCUCGGGAUCCCAGGUGUUCCUCGAACGAACAGAGGAGGAGGUCGUUGGGAGUAGAUUGAAAAAGCAAGAUAGUGUGGAGACUCUACAGUCAAUAAGUGAGCAUGAGCUCCAAGACCUGUCCGGCAAGAGUAGCCGGCUGACCUUCAGCGAUCACAUGGCAAUCACCAUGCCACCGGACGUCAACGCUCUACGUCCCAAUAACCUUCCAUAUGCCGUCCAUAACCCGCCCUCAUCUUACACCCAUCAGAUAUCAGUGCCUUCAUCAACAGCCAUGCGCAUCCAGCCCCACCCGCCCGGCCACGUCACCAGUGGCCAGUGGCAGUCCAUGCUGGCCAAAAACAGCCGCGGCCAGCCCACCCACAACCCACAUCAGCCGUCCGCUUACGCCGUCGCCCAGAACCCCAAUCCCACCACCCUCCAACAGAGGCACCGCUUUGUCCCCAGGAAGGGCUACCCGACCGGCCGCGAGGCCAGGCUCGCCAACACCGUGGUCCCCGAGGUGGAGUGGAAACAUCUGGCCCACCUGUUGGACCCAGAGACUAGGGGCGCACCUGCCGGGGGCAGCAGGUUGAUUACACAGGGUCAGAAUGAUUGGAGGUGUGUGGACUGUGUGAGUGGGGGUGUGUCUCAUCAGCACCACUCUCAGGACAGGAGGAUACUGAGUGCCAAUACCCAUCAAAGGAGGGAUUACUCCACAAAUCCAACAAAGCGCAUCGGCGCCGUCAACAGCACCACCAACCUGACCACCGUCACCAUGUGCGCCACGCCCCCCAACAUCUACAUCGGCGGGGCCAGCAGCAAUCACAACUUCCCCAACCUGAUCCGCGUCACCCAGAGCCCGACCUCUGGCGGGCCCGCCACGCUCAACCUCUCUGUGGUCUCAGGGCCGGCGCCCGUCCUGCACAGGCCCGAGGUGGGAUCGGCUGGCAGCAAGCACUCUGUUGGGAGAGUCGAGCGGUUAGGGAGUGCCAACGUGAACGACGGUUAUUUGAGGUCAACAAAAUCACAAAGACUAAGGGGUACGUCCAACACACUGAGAUUAAAGCAACUUGAAAUGCGCGAGAACCACGCGGUAGUGCUCAGCUGACAACGAUGAGUUCCAUGACCUAUAAGACUAGCAGUAGACAGCACUCGCACUGCACCGUGGGCGCAUCACCGGCAGGACAACCAUUAGCAGGAGGCCCUCUUUGGUGAGACGAGACUGGACAGGAGUAGCUGUGUGGAGGUAACGCUACCUCAAGCAGCCCUUGCGUUUCACUCCUUGCCUGCAUCACUGACCCAUGAGAAUGGAACGGUCCGUGGUAGAAGAUGACUGGUAUUCUGCCAAAGGUGACUGGUGUCCUUUGACCUCUCCUAUCUGGUUAAGGAGUGAGUCUGGCAAUUAAGUACAGACACUGCACACUUGAGUGCUGUUUAUCAGUUUUGAUUUUCUUAAGAUUUUCAGCCCCUGCCUUAACAUGGUCGUGUGUCUUACUGAUUGAGUGUUAUUGUUCAGCUGUCACAGCACACUCUGCUGAACUUGGAAUGUGAUUGCCCUUGCCUCUAGAUUUUGGUAGUGUAAAUCCAUUGUAAUAUGGGGUUUGUUGAUUUGAUGGUAACAGCGACACUGCAGAACUGUAGGGCUGUCCUUUUUCGAAUAAUUUAGGGUUGGAUUAUUCGAAACUGCGGUUGAAAGAAUAUUCAAACAUACGAAACCUCUGAUCAGGUUUUACACAUGCCAGCUACAUGUGUCGUGCUGGUCAAAAGUUGCAUGCAAAGCCCACUGGUUAAAAUUUGCGCGCGGCGAUCGAUAUGGGCCGCAGGAGUGUUUAGCAAUUUUAUAAGGAUAGGAAAAAUGAACCGCUUUUGACCAAAAAGUUACAGUCGACAAAAAGUGGCAUCUGACAAUGAAGCACUGCAACUCUACGAUUACAAUAACAUCACCGUCCUGUGUGUAUGUGCGUAGUUUGUUUUUUCUUUUUUUGCUUGAAUAUUCAAACCGGCAAAAAGCUAUAUAAAUAUUCGGUUGAUGAUCGAAUAUUCGAAUAAUGGAACAGCCCUACAGAACUACAGAGGAUAUCAAUACAUGGGUGGAAGUGGAUCAGUCCGUGUCAAAUCUGGUUUGCUUUUGAAUUCAUGGUAGCCAGAAGUGACAUUGCGCCACUAGACCCCUCUCAUAGACGGCCAUCUUUGUAGGAAAAUUACACCUGUGUAUUCAGUUUGCAAAACAUUCCACACACAUCCCACUCACCUUGACUGAAAAUGAGCAUCCAGAUUUUAUAUAUAGGUGUGUAUGUGUCUAUGGAAUGUAUACACAGUUUGUUUUUCUGUACAUUACCAUGCCUGAAGGGUAUCAGUUUCCAGUAUUCCAGCAUUUAAAAAGAAAUAGUAAUGAUUAAGUUAUUAAGGGCUUUUUGCAUGACACCAGUCAAACCUACAUUGGAGUCGUUGUUUUUGUUUUUUUCAGAUUUUUAUUUAAUGAAUUUGUAUGUCUAAGUGUCUCGAAGAUACCUCUAUCCCAGUGUUGUAGUUGAGUCCAUCACAAGUCCCUGCAAGUCCAUCACAAGUCCUUCACAAGUCCAUCACAAGUCUUUUUUUUCCAGUCUCAAGUCAAGUCACUAGCUAUUCAAAUGAACUGUAACAAAGGCUUUCCUUUGUCAUCGUUCAUCCUGUUACUUGUGACUAGACUUAUUUAUUUCUUAUUUUAACUGGG